AGCUUGUUGCUGUGGAGCACCUUGUCCGAUGUGUCAGUCUUUUGAUUGGUGUUCUUGGCUGCUAUUGCUACACUGGUGUAUUUACAGAAGAGGAUGCAUGUAAAUCAGAGUUGUUUCAAAAAGCUAAGUCCCUCAUUCAUUACGUUGGAGAAAGCAUUUCUAACUCAAGCAAAAAACUAAAUGAAGACGCCCAGAUCAGCUCACUGAGAACUUUGAUAAUGCAGUGUACAAAGUGUUUAUGCAAUUGUACCAAGAACAGUGCUAAUAAGAUGGUGUCUAAUUUAUUCCUGCGUUUGUUAACAUCAAAAUUUAUUAAUGAUCUUCUAGAUAUUUGCAAAAAUCUGAUGACUUUUACUGGAAAACCAAGUGAAUUAGGAGAAGUAGACCUAGUGGGGAAUGACCCUGAGGAGAGUAUAAUGGAAGCAGAUAACCAGGUAUCUGAUGAUCUAUUUGAUGAUCACUCAGUGACUGAUGUCAGUGAUACAAAUGAGUCUGGUGAGAUGCAAAAUGUAACAGGUGCUGUGAGCCCAUUAGCUGAAGAACAGUUGACAAAGCAGGAUUUACUUCACCUUGAAAUUCUGAGAUUCUUAUGUAUUUGUGCAACUACUGUCCAAAUUCAGACAGUGAGCUUUCGAGCCUCUGAUAUACAAAGGAAGCUGUUAAUGCUCAUCGAUGGCAGCAUCUUUGAUAGUGCUAAGCCAUUGCAUCUGCACAUGUACUUGUUGCUCUUGAAGGAGCUCCCUGUUGAAGAAAACCUGCUGCCUGUGGAUGAAGUUCUUAAGCUUCUUAUACCUCUUUCUGAUGUAUGUUCUUUGUACCGCCGAGACCAAGAUGUUUGCAAAGAAAUUCUAAGUAAUUUGCUACCAAUAGCAGUAAGUUUGGCCCAGUCCAGUGCACAUAGUGAAGAAACAAGGAUUGCACAAGGGCGAUUUUUGACAGUUGUUGGAGCCUUUUGGAAGUUAGCUCAAGGAAAGAGAUGCACAGCACCAGUAAGAGUGGCACUUUUAAACUGCAUGAAAGCCCUGCUUGAGGCCGAUCCUUAUUCGAAGUGGGCUAUCCUUAAUGUAAAAAAUGAAGAUCUUCCUGUGAGUGAGGUUUUCCCACAUUUUCUCGCAGACAGUCACCAUCAAGUUUCUAUUCUUGCUGCAAAGUCAAUUACCAGUUUGUUUCAAGAUGUGAAACAGAGAGAUUCUUCUGGAUUGUCAAAACCUCUUCCCUUGGAGCUCCAGCAAAAGGCUUUUGAGAAUGUAUAUCUCAGGGUUCAGGAAGGAAUGGGAAAUCUGUUCAGUGAUGAUGCAAAUCCUGAAGAUGUUUUGGACAAACAAUGUAAUAGGAAAGCAGUUUUGUUGAUGCUUAUAACCAUGGUUCUGUGCUGCAGUCCUGUAUGUGAAAAGCAAGCUUUGUUUGCUAUUUGCCAGUCUGUGAAAGAGAAUGGAUUAGAACCUCACCUUGUGAAAAAGGUUUUGAAGAAAGUAUCUGACAUCUUUGGCUAUAAGAAUAUAGAAGACUUCAUGACAUCACACUUAGACUAUUUGGUGGUGGAGUGGCUGAAAAUAAAGGACAGUGGAUAUAGCUUGUCUGCCUUUCCUUAUGUUCUUCUGAACUACACCGAUCUUGAGGAAUUUUACAGGUCUUGUUAUAAAGUUUUGGUUCCACACCUGGUGAUUAGAAGUCAGUUUGAAGACGUGAAAUCACUUGCUAGCAAGAUUGGAAAAGACUGGAGGCAAGUUCUGGCAGACUGUUUUCCCAAGAUACUUGUGAACAUCCUCCCACAUUUUGCCUAUGAAAGCCACGGUCAGAGGGAAGUAGCAGAGCAAAGAGAGACAGCUUCUAAAGUCUACGAUGUGCUCAAGGAUGAAAACUGCUUAGGGAAACAGCAAAUCGACAGUUUAUCUCAUAAUAAUUUAUCAGAGAUUGUGGUUGAACUUCUGAUGACUUUACAUGAACCACCUAACGCUAAGGCAGAAGAAGGAUCUCAUCUCAGUAAAUAUGUUAGGGAAUUGGAUCCUGUUCCUAAUCCUCCUCAUUUUCCUUCUUAUGUGAUUAAGGCAACCUUGGAUCAUAUUAGCAACUGUCAUAAAAGUAAACUAAAAAGUCUCAUUGCAGUUCUUUCUAAAAGCCCUGAUUCUUUCCAGAAAAUUCUGCUAGCCCUUUGUAAGCAUGCAUCAGAUACAAACAAUAUUUACAAGAAGCACAGAGUUCUCAUAAUUUAUCACUUCUUUGUUAGUCUGUUACUCAAAGAAAUAAAAGAUGGUUUAGGAGGAGCAUGGGCUUUUGUCCUCCGAGACGUGAUUUAUACCCUGAUUCACCACAUCAGCAGCAGACCCCCUGUCUUUAGAGAUAUAUCCAUGCGCAGCUUGUCACUCUGUUGUGAUCUUCUUCAGCGUGUUUGCCACACAGCAGUGACAUGUUGCAAUGAUGCUCUGGAGAGCCACCUUCACGUUAUUGUAGGAACACUCAUACCUCUUGCUGUGGACCAGCCUAAGAUUCAGCCACAGAUCUUAGGCUUGUUGAAGUACCUGGUAAUAGACAAUAAGGAUAAUGAAUAUCUCUACCAAGCAAUCAAACGCUUAGAUCCUUUUCCUGAAUAUCCUGCUUUUGAAGAGUUGCGAACAACUCAACUGAAGAUAAAAUACAGUAAAGGGCCAUAUUCUCUUUUGGAGGAAAUUAAUCGCUUUCUGUCAGUUAGUGUUUGUGAUUCACUGCCCUUAACACGACUUGAAGGACUGUAUGAUUUACGUAAACAGUUGGAACAAUAUAAGGACCAGAUGAAGGACCUCCUGAAGAUUUUUCAGGAAAAACCAGAAGAUUCUGUAAUGGUGAAGCUCGUGGUGAGCUUACUGCAGCUGUCAAAGAUGGCAGUUAAUCAUGCAGGUGAAAAAGCAGUGCUGGAGGCUGUUGGAAGUUGCUUGGGAGAAAUAGGCCCCAUGGAUUUCUCCACCAUCGCUCUUCAGCAUGCUGAAAAUGCACUGGAUUCUAAAGCAGUGGACUUGCUUGAAGAUAGAAAGCUUCAGUGGGUCUUCAUAAUGUUAACACAAAUAAAUACUGCUUUAACAGAUAAUUGUAUUGAUGUUAGAUCUGCUGCUGUUUCCUGUUUGAAAAACAUAUUAGCCACCAAUUCUGGCAGUGAAUUUUGGGAAGUUUAUAAAAAUAAAGGUGAUCCCAUGUUAAUCUAUCUACAGCCUUUCAGAAUGUCCAAGAAGAAGGUUUUGGCAAUGCCAGCUAAUGAUUCAGAGGCUUCUUCAGAAACUUUGGAUGACACAAACCUGUGGAUUCCUCUGGGAGAAAGUCAUGAAACCUGGAUCAAGAACUUAACCCGUUCAAUACUGGACAGUGGAGGUGUACAAAAUGAAGUUCUCCAGUUAAUGAAGCCACUGUGUGAGGUGAAAACGGACUUGAGUCAAACUUUGCUUCCGUACCUGAUUCAUGAUAUCCUUCUUCAUGAUUCAAACGAAUCUUGGCGAAAUAUUUUGUCGGUUCACGUACGGAAGUUUUUUACUGCCUGUUGCAGAUUUGCCUCAUCUAGUAGAUCUGCUACACCACCAAAUUCUGACUCAGAGCAAGAAACCCAUGUGCUUAGAAGUUUGGAUAAAGUAUCUCGACGAACCAUGCUUGCUGUUGUUGAUUACUUAAGGAGGCAAAAAAGGUCUGUUUCAGGUACAGUUUUUGAUGACAGCUUCUGGCUAGAUCUGAAUUAUCUUGAGGUUGCUGUAGCAGCACAGUCUUGUGCUGCCCACUUCACAGCCCUGCUCUAUGCAGAAAUCUACGCAGACAAGAUAAAUAUAGACAAACAGCAAGAAAGGUCUUCUUUUAAAGCAGCUAAAAGUUUGACAUUUGAAGAAGAAAGUGAAAAAUCAGCUAUUGCUAUUUUGAAUGAAAAAAGUAAAGAAACUGGCAUAAGUUUACAGGACCUUCUCAUGGACAUAUAUAAAAGUAUUGGAGAGCCUGACAGUCUCUAUGGUUGUGGUGGAGGAAGAAUGUUACAGCCAUUAGCACGGAUAAGAACAUAUGAGCAUGAAGCAGUAUGGGAUAAAGCUCUUCUAACAUACGACCUUGAGGCAACCCUCUCUCCAUCUACUCGCCAAGCAGGGAUAAUUGAGGCUUUGCAGAAUUUUGGGCUUUGCCACACUCUUUCCAUGUAUUUAAAAGGACUGGAACAUGAAAACACUGAGUGGUGUGCAGAACUACAGGAAAUACGCUACCAGGCAGCAUGGAGGAAUAUGCAGUGGGACAGCAUCUCAUCUGUCAAGUAAAUCAACUUAUUUUUCAGUUUCUUGACUGAAAGACAGUGGUUUCGGUUCCAAGCAAACAGAAGACGUUAGAAUAUAAUUUCUGUGAUGAAGGUCACCUACUUUAUUUUAAUCAUUGAACUAAAAUGCCAUUAUGCUCUUAGACUUAUUUUAUACAUA